AUGAAGGAAAGCCAAAACAGCAAGGACAAUGGCGGCGCGCGCGCCUCGAAAAAAAAGACGUACAAACAGAAGCAGGUAAAAUAUAUGAUUUUGAAAAAACUGAAAAGGAAAAUGAAACAGGGAUUGCACAAGUUAGAGGAGCAGCACGAACAUUUGGGGAGACUGCUGUCCAAUUUAAACAACCUAAAAAUUGAAGAGAGUAAUGCGCUUGCGCUGCACAAAAUGACGAAGGAAUUAACCAGACAAAUCAAACGCGUCAGUGAGGAAAACAAUGAUGACAUAGCAAUAUUAAAAAUGGAAAAGGAUUUAAUCAAAGCAGAUUUUACCAGAAAUAAAAACAGUUUAAAAAUUUACAAGGAUGAACUGCAGCUGCAACGGGAAGAAGACGAAGAGGAAGAAGAAGGAGAAGCAGAAGCAGACGGAGCAGGAGAAGAAGAAGUUGAAGAAGAGGAGGAGGACGACGAAGAACACCAACACCACCAUCAGCAGUAUAAACAGCAUGGACACAACGAUUAUGAGGAGGGGAUGAUAGUGGAACAUGAAGAUGUGAGCAGAAUUAUAAGACAUGAUAAAAGGAAGAAGAAAAAAAGAAAAAGUGCUCACGCAAAUUCAUCUCAUCACUUUACAAAUUCGUUCAUUCCUCUCCAAAUUUUCAGAGACAAUUGUCUUUGCAUGAAAAAUAAGUGCCAGCACAAUGAAUUCUUAAAUGAGAAUCUGCAAAUUAAAAAUUGGGUUGUUGUGGAUCUGUAUCAAGCCUUGCUGCGAAACAAAUACUAUAAAGGCACCCACCUAUGUGGCAAGCUUUUGGGGGAAAAUGAUAACAAUGAGAUUUACAAACAAGAGAUGAGGAGGAUGCGGAAGAAGAAGCUGCUCUUAAAUUUCCUCAGCUGCAGGAGGAAGAGGCGGAAGAUGGCCAGGGGGCCGCAGGGGCCCAAGCUGGAGGACAGCGAGCUUGAAACAAAGACCACCUGGGGCAGCUACCCAUGUGCGUGGAUCGGGCACGAAGACGAAAGGGACCAAACCAGUGGCGCACUGAGAAAAAAAGGUACGCGUGGAAGAGGCACCCUGACGAGCUCUAACCACCAGAGAAAAGCACACCCAGACCACACACAAUACCCCCUAUUCAGUUCAUCCAACCCAAUAAAUGACCAAAGAAGCAGAAAUUUCUGCUUGAUCAACAUGAAGAAUGAGAUAAAUGAGGAGAUAUCGAAAAACAACACCAGCAUUAUGACCGUUAAUGUGUUAACCUUUCUAGUGAGCAUAAGUAAAGUUUUUUCCUGCGAACUGAUUGAGGAGAGAAGGGACAAAUCAGUGACAAACGAUUUUAUGGUAAAUAAAAAAUCGAACAGAUUUUAUGAUUAUAUACCAGCGCAGCAACACGAUUUCAUGAGCAUUCAUCAUGCAGCGGGAAUUGGCCACAGGAGCAGUGGCCCCGCGAUGAACAUGCAUGAAAUGAGAAACGCACAUCAGAACAACCAAGUGGAGGACAACUAUAUUUGUCUCUACCUUAAGAGGGAGUACAUUCCCCCUUAUUUGCUAAAUUUGGGGAAGAAAAUUAAAUUAAUUUUGAAUUUUGUCUCAGAGGAUGGGUUGCCCGAUGAUUGUGCCUUUCCCCAGGAGGGAGAGGAACCGACGGGGGAACCGUUCACAGGGGAGUCGCCCCCUGGGGAUAGACCGUACGGAGGGCUGUCCCCUCCGCCCGCAGUGGAGCGCAGUGCGAGACUAGAGCAUGAUAGGGGACUCAUGCGGAGAUAUAGGAGCCUCUUCUUAAAGAAAAAAAAACAGAAAAGGAAAAAAAGUGGAAAACAUAAAAAAUCGGAAAUCAGCGAGGGAAGUGAUGAUAACGGAAGCGGGGCCUGCGCAGUCAGGGCCUUUGACGACAACCACCUUUUUAAUAACACCUUUUUGAGCGCCCUGACGAGACGAAACUUGAGCGAGAAGAACAAGUACUAUUAUUUUUACGUAGACAAUGUCGAGUAUGAUCAGACGGGUUAUGACGUGGAGGACAUUAUUAUACACUUAGGAAAGUUUGUAAAUAAAUGGGAAAGGAACUCCUGCGGGAGGAAUGUAAUUUUUUCUCCAGUGUUGUUGUUGAAGUACGUGAGCAAGUAUUCGCUCUACUCGAGCAAAGGGAAAAAAAAAAAAAAAAAUAAAAAUAAAAGUAAAUCUUACCUGUUGAAGGAGGAAAGGUACGCAGACUGGAUGCACCAAGGAUUGGGAGAAAAUGAAGAGGAGUGUAGCAAAGGAGUGAAGGCAGCAGGUAUGAAAGGGGCCUCACUAAGUUAUAAGGCCAAGGGCUACUGGGGGGACCAUGCAGAGCAAAAGAAAAAUGUAUCAUCAUUGUACCUGGGGAAGAAGAUGAAAAAUGUGCCCAAAGGGACCUCCCAAGUGAGAAAAAACAAAACUAAGGGUAAGGGAAAAGUGAAAGGUGAAAGUGAGAAGCAGUACCAAGAGCAAAACUUCCUUGUGAACGAAGAAUUCAUUCCGAACGGAUUGAAAGAAGCAGGAACAACUAUGGGUGAUGACAUGGAGACAUACUACUUGACGAUCCACAACGAUAUGCUCAGCUACAGUAGCAGCAACGACGAAGUGACGGUGAAAUAUUACAUGACGCAUAUGCACAGCAAAGAGUUUAAUCUCGAAGAGGGAAGCCAAGACAUGCCAAGACAUAUUCAACCCACCCUUUUGUAUUAUGCACAAAGAAAAAGACAAUUAGAAAAAAUGAUGAAGGAACAUAGUGCUUUAUAUAAACACAUAUUCAAAAUGUGGAAGGAAGACAUUGAAAUCAGUGAGAAAGAGAGAGAAAGGAAAAAUAUUUUUGCUUGGGGAAUUUUACCUGUACGUGCAUAUGAUCACCCCAACAUGUUCGUACCACUACCAUAUGGAUUUAAGCACAAUAAUAAAAAUUUAGCGUACAGCUCACUUCGGUUGAAACGUUCCUUUGUUGAUGAGGAAGAGGGGGAGGAUGACGGCGACAAUGACGAUGACGAUGGGUACGGUGGGGAUGAGAAGAAUGGUAACAUGAUGGAGAAAAGGGGAAAGGACAAAAAGAAAGAUUAUAUGAAUAUAAAAUACGCCAAUUUGACGGGUCCUUGUAUUACAUGGCGUAAAAAUUGUAUCUCCCUUAACUAUGCAAAGAAGAGGAGAAACGCUCAGUUGGUGGAGGCCUUCCCCUACUUCUACUGCAUGCAGGGCUCCAAAAUGCCGCUCUUUUCCCUGGAAAGGAAUGUGCUCUACUGCAAUGAGAACAACCGGUCCAUCGUGCCGCGUAGCCCCGUCACCGGUAAAGACGCCAGGAGAAACAACCCCUUCACCGGCAAAGACGCGCAAAACGAGAAAAACUUCAUCUGGGACAAACAGGAGAUCAAAACGUAUCUGGAAAAGUACUUCCUUUACCCAAAAAAUUUCGAAAAAAUCAGUCAGUACUUGGAGUUCAAAAGCACAAAGCAGUGUGUAGAUUUUUACUAUAUGACGAAAAACUUUUUCAACUUCAAAAAUUUUCUCCUGACCAUAUCGUUGAGCAGAGUGAAGAGAAAUAAAAAACAGCGACCUGUGGGUAAUGACAUGACGAAGAAGAACUCCAAGGAGGAAAUUGUCACCCAGUUGAUGGAAAAGCUGGAGAAGAAUUAUAACCCUAGUGAAUUUGAACAGUCAAAUUUUUUUCACCACAACUUUAUCAACCUGCGUCAGUUCUUUCAAAACUAUUUCACAAAAACGUUUACCAAUGUGCAGAACAGUACUGGAGAGGGAGGAGUAUCAGCAGCAAGGGAAGAAGAACAAGAAGAGGAAGAAGAAGGAGGUGGUGGUGGAAAUCGUGUGCGCAUAACCAAUACGUCCUCCCCCCCUCUGAGUAGACGUGUCACCACUGCACAGAAUAUCGAUGGAGACACAGCCGGGGAUGUGACUCAAAAGACCAAAACCAUUGUGCUUGAAAAUAUGUCCGACGGGUAUGUCGUGCCAAAGAAUUAUAAAUUCAUUCUUAGCACAAACAAGAAAUUAUGCUUCCUAGUGAAGAAUGAGGAAAACUUAAUUUACAGUGGAGUCAAUUCAGAUAUCAUCGAAAUUGUGUAUAAUGAUAAUAUGGACGGAGAUAGAAAGAAGAGGAAGAAUGAAAGGAGCGAGAAUGGCGACAGGGGAGACAAGAAGAAGAAGAAAAUGAUGAUGAUGGAGAAGGAGAACGGGGAGAGAAUAAACAAAUUUGACAAUAUGCCUUUCCUGUUGCAAAACCAGACUCAGUUGACGCUCGACAAAGUAGCCCUCAUGGAUAAUCAGCAGCCAAGCACCGCCACGUGCAGUAGUAUGAUCACGACGCCACACCCCAGCAACAGUAACGAGGUGAGUGAGAAAGCCGUUGAUGACCAGGGGUUCUCCAAUAUGGGUAAUAAUGACCCCCCUCAAAAAGGCUUUUUUAAUGCAUCCGCCACGGGUGCGCUCGCCCACACCGUGAAAGAAGAAAAGGCUCCUCAUUGGCAAAUUUUGCACGCAAAUGAAAUGGGUAAGCUAAAAAAAACAAAAAGGAAUAACGAUGAAAUGUGUGAAAAACUGCUCAACCUGAACAGUGAAAAGAAAACGUACUACCCGAGGGAGAGUGAUGAAAAAAAAUUAAAAAACGAACAACCCACAAGGGGCCCAGAAAUCUGGGUGCCAGUAAAAGAAAGAAAAGAUAAAAGGACUAUUGCAUAUAAUUGUAACAUUAAUUCUAACAGGGAUGAUUACAACCCAUAUGGAGAAAACGGCCAAGUAGGAAACCUCCGAAGAAGAAGCAGCGCUGGAAGUAGCAAACGGGCGGAGGGAGAAGAUGACGACGAAGACGACGACGAUGAUGAUGAUGGAGAAGAACAGGAAGAGGAUGACGAAGAAGUGGAAUCCAUUGUUCAGUUAAGCCAACUGAAAGCCCACGAUGAUAUACAUAACGUAGACAGUAGGAGUGGCAGUGUACUAGGGCUGUACCGUCAACCAAGCAACGACGACGACGCAGUCAGGAGAAGGAUCUCCUACCCAGACUCGAACCAAAGCAUGAACAACCCAUUCGAAAAUAAUGUUAAAAUUGAAACCUCGGAAGAAAGCCUAUACAAAUGCUUCGAGUUUUUAAAAAAUAUAAAUUGGAAGGACACAAAAAAUGUCGAAGGAGUUAGGAAUAAGAAUGGUGUGCAGCUGGAGCCCAUGGAAAUUGGGAGGUAUUCGGCUGCGCCCGUGACUUUGGAAUGUAAGAUGAAAAAAGCCUCCAGAAAGAACAGCAUUCAGAGUAACGAGGGUAUGUGCCUUCAGAAGGAGAGUAAGCAGAGGAACGUCAGGAGGAAGGAGAUCAUUAUCCCUGCAGGGAAAUCCAAUGGAGGGAGAAGCAAAGACAACACCCUUGUGGGGGAUAUAGGCCAAUGGGAUGAAGGGGCAGUGAGUAAAAUUGCGGGAGUGGGCCCCUUCGCAGUGGAAGAAGGAUCAAGGGGUCACACAAUUCAUGGGAGGAAUAGAGAUGGGGAAAAUGAGAGCGGUAAAAAGGGCAAGGCGGCGGCGAAGCACCACAUCUUGGUGAACGCCACGACGAAACGGAGACUCUCGAAUGUGUUGAAUUGGAACGGUGUAGCGGGAGGAGCAGUAGGAGGUUCAGGUUCAAGGGCCGCAGAUCUGAAGACGCAUUUCACGAUGAAGCCCGAGUGUGAAAAAACGCUCAAAAGGAAAAAAACGUCCAACGCCCAGAUGAGCGAAGAGGUGUUGAGUGAUAAUAGAACUAACUCCAUGAUGGAAUCACAGUUGAGAACGGAAGCGAUUGUGCAAGCUGGUGAUUAUUUAAGUAAGAGUGAAGGGCUACUAUGUCAGGUGCCCCCAAGCCAAGAACAUCAAUCAUGUGACGUCCUAAUUAACAGCCAAUCUUUGGACACACAAAAUUCAUGUGUGCAUGGUAGUAAUGAAUCUGAAGGACUGCUAAUCGGGAGGAGUCAUCUACUACCAGACAGGGACGAUAUGAAGCAAGAUGGGUUAUGUUCCGGUGCUCAUUUUAACUUCAUGCGUUUUAACAACAGAAGUAGUGAAAUCCCGUUGCAAGGAGAGGACCGUUGGGAUGAUAUGAAAUGUAAUGGGGAAAAUUCUUCCGUUGCGAGUUGCAACAAAAGGAAAAUUACCCCUAACACGGGUGGAGAGAACGACGAGGAGGAGGAGAUGGCAGCAGAACUGGCUGGGGAGCUUCCAUGCGGGAAGCAGCAUGUGGAGGGCGUCUUCCCCCAGCUCCUUAUCAGGGAAAACCCGCCAGAGAUAUCCAACAUGGAGCACACAAGGAGCUUCAUCCAGAGCAGCAAGUCCUUAAACCAGUGCUCCAUGAAUUCCUUGCAACGCAUGGAAAGUUACGAGGGAGGAGGAAGUUAUGAUGACCCCUCCAAGCAAGCAUUUAGGAAAACCGCCACAAAAUGGACCGACAGGGAAAAGGAAAUCUACUUCCACGUAUAUGACAAGGAAGGGAAGAAUUGGGAUACCCUCCUAUUAGCUUUGAAUCCUUAUGGAAAAACCCGGGAGCAAAUUAAAAACUUUUAUCAAAACACGAUUGUGAAGAGGAAAAAAAGUGAUGCCUCCUAG